AUGGUCUCCCAAGCUCAGAUCGUUGAUCGCACAGCGACGACCCAGAGUGCCACUUCUUUGGUGUCGCGUCCCUCACACUCCAGACGCCACCGUUCCGGCCGCUCGCACCAUGGCGGCUCCUCGCAUUCCUCGAACGAUUUCCCCAUCUUCACGUAUACUGGUGACACGGAGGUCGUGAUUCGCGCCGGGUCGCAAGAACGGCGCUAUCUGCUGCACCGCUUAAUAUUGGCACAAUGCUCGGGCUAUUUUGAGGCGAGCACAAACGAAGACUGGUCGCGCCAGACUGGGCUGGGUCCAUCCAAGCCAGAAGGUACCCUGUCGCGUGUGAGUGAGGAUGAUGAUCUAUCCAGCGGAUCAACACUGGCGCCAUCGGACCAUGGUGGAAUCCCUUCGCGGCGGGGCGAGAAGAGACGCUGGCGAUACGAGCUAGAUUGGGAGAAUCGCGCCGAGGACGAAGAGGCGAUUCUCGUGCAAAAGCGACCAAGCUAUGCGCCCAUGUAUAGCAGUGACCAAGUCGCCCACCCCCCAACGAUGACGAAGCCCUCCAACGCCCAGGCAGGCUUCUUUCGAUCCAUGGCGAACCUCACGGGCAUGCAAUCAGUAGCCCACCUACCGCCAACGACAGAACAUGGAACCGGGGUCAACCCAUUGAUACGCGACUAUGAUAAUCUAUUACGAAUAUUCUACAACCACCCACCCACCAUUAACAGUGUGAACAUUGCCUCCGCAUACACAGAAUGCAAAGCCCUCCUCGCGUUAGCGGAUAUGUACGACGCGCUCCCAGUGACAGGCCCGCGUGUAGACCACCACCUCCUCGGCUUUGGAUCCCGUCUUUUCAAGCAAAUCGGCAAAUACCCACCCAGCUACCUAAAGCUAGGCUAUCUAGCCCGCAGCAGGGUGAUCUUCUCCGAAGCCUUAAUUCACGUCGUUGGCCAGUGGCCCGCAGCUCUCCCAAGCUUGCGCAACGGCUCCUACGCACCUCUACCGGAUUCAGUCUUCGACCUCAUCGAAGACAAAGUUGAGGACCUAGAAGAUCUCAAAGCGCGAGUGGAAUCCAAGCUCUUACGCCUGUCCCUAACAACCUCCCGUGGCGAACGCGUUGGACCCUCAAACGCAUACUUAGACUGGCUAGCCGUGUCUCUAUUCCGUCAAUGGCUAAUCGAAAGCACGACACCGCCACCAGCUCCCAUCCUCAAGAAUACUUCAACACCCAACGAGCCCCCAUCACAGCCUGCCCCAUCAGCCUCACACCCAACAAGCUCGGCCAGAACAACCGUCCCGACUGAUCAGUCUGCCCGCAUAUAUAGAUUGAUCGGCUCUUCCAGCUCGCAAGCAUACCUAGGCCACGACGAGCUCAAGCGUUUCCUUAAACUCCAUCCUACCCCGUCCUCCGGCUCGCUGUACACGCGCGAGACUUUGAAACGGUUCGAGCGCAAGAUGGACGAGAUGAAACGACUUGCUCGGGAUAUUGUCAAGCCGCUUAUGCGCAACUUCCUUGAACAGGAGCUGAAAGUUCCCACGGAUUCUACGGGUGGUGCUACUCCUGGUCCUCGUGAGGGCAAUUCUGCUGGUUUACCCUAUUUGACGUGUACUCGCGUCGAAGAGAUGGACUUGCCGUGGAAGUGA